GCAGAAGAAAAAGAAGAAGAAGAAACAACAGUGUCAGACCCAGCGAAUUCUGCAGCUUGGCCAGAAACAAGAUGCUUCAGCAGUGGUUGGUCCUCUCCUGUUUUUCCCUGGUUUUUCUGGCAUCGCCCCUCGUGGCCAAAUGGGAACUGGAGAAAGAUGUUUAUGUUGUAGAGUUGGAUUGGUACCCUGAUGCCCCUGGAGAAAAGGUGGACCUCGCCUGCAAUACCCUUGAAGAAGACGGCAUCACCUGGACCUCGGACCAAAGCAGUGAGGUCUUAGGCUCUGGCAAAACCUUGACCAUCCAAGUCAGGGAGUUCGGAGAUGCUGGCCAGUACACCUGUCACAGAGGAGGCGAGGUUCUGAGCCGUUCUCUCCUGCUGCUGCACAAAAAGGAAGACGAGAUUUGGUCCACUGAUAUUUUAAAGGACCAGAAAGAAUCCAAAACUAAGACCUUUCUAAAAUGUGAGGCCAAGAAUUAUUCCGGUCAUUUUACCUGCUGGUGGCUGACGGCAAUCAGUACGGAUUUGAAAUUCAGCGUCAAAAGCAGCAGAGGCGCCUCGGACCCCCGAGGGGUGACGUGCGGAGCAGUGACACUCUCAGCAGAGAGGGUCACAGUGGACCAGAGGGAGUACAAGAAAUACACAGUGGAGUGCCAGGAGGGCAGUGCGUGCCCAGCCGCGGAGGAGAGCCUGCCCAUUGAGGUUGUGCUAGAUGCUAUUCACAAGCUCAAGUAUGAAAACUACACCAGCAGCUUCUUCAUCAGAGACAUCAUCAAACCCGACCCGCCCAAGAACCUGCAGUUGAAGCCAUUAAGGAAUUCCCGGCAGGUGGAGGUCAGCUGGGAGUACCCCGACACCUGGAGCACUCCACAUUCCUACUUCUCCUUGACGUUUUCUCUUCAGAUCCAAGGCAGCAAGAGAGAAAAGAAAGAUAGACCCUUCGUGGACAAGACCUCAGCCAAGGUCACGUGCCCCAAGGAUGCCGUGAUCCGCGUGCAAGCCCGGGACCGUUACUACAGCUCCUCCUGGAGCGAAUGGGCAUCGGUGCCCUGCAGUUAGGUUCUACUCCCCGGAUGAAACCUCGGAGGAAAAGUGGAAGAGAUGCAAAAAUCUUAAAAGACAUGAUGCAGUAGACUCCAAAAGAUACUUUCUACCUAAUUUGCUUUUUUAAAAUAUCACAAUG